UAUGGAUUUAAAGUAAAUCAGAAAAGCAAGGCCUAAAACCUGGAGAAUGAGCUCCACUGCAUAGGCAGACAUCUAUAAAUAAAUCUGAUUAACAGCGCCAACCUAGUAUUUGUAGUUUCUUGGAGAAAUUAAGGUUAGAAACAUUGUUACGAUGAUGAUUUCCCAAAAUAUUUGUCAGGUUCCUGUAGUAGACUUCACUGAUAAGGAGAUGAAACCAGGUACAGCAAAAUGGGCUUCAGCAUGCAAAGUGAUCCGAAAUGCACUUGAAGAUCAUGGUUGUUUUUAUGCGUUGUAUGAUAAAGUUCCUACGGAGCUUCACAACUCAGUUUUUACUCUAAUGGAAGAACAAUUUGAUCUUCCAUUGGAAACCAAAAUGCAAAAGAUCAGUGACAAACCCUACCAUGGUUACUAUGGACAAAAUGCUCAUGUCCCUCUGUAUGAAUCCCUAGGGAUCAACGAUCCAUUGACCACAGAAGAAAUUCGGAAGUUCACGAAGCUAAUGUGGCCAGCAGGACAUGAUCAUUUCUGUGAGACUAUGAGUCUGUAUGCAAAGCUGGUUGUAGAAUUGGAUCAUAUGAGUAAAAGAAUGGUGUUUGAUGGGUAUGGAGUGGAUCAAAAGCACUGUGAUUCUCUUCUGGAAUCAACCAAGUACAUGCUUCGGAGCUUCAAAUAUAGAGUGCCACAGAAGCAUGAAAAUAAUCUGGGAUUGCAUGCUCACACAGACACAUCAUUCUUUACCAUUUUGCAUCAGAACAACGUAAAUGGUCUGCAAGUAAAACUGAAAAAUGAAGACUGGAUUGACAUUGAUCCCUCUCCCUUCAUGUUUCUCAUCCUUGCAGGCGAUGCAUUUAAGGUUUGGAGUAAUGAUAGAAUGCAGUGUUGUGAGCACCGAGUGAUUAUAAGUGGAAAGAAGGAAAGGUAUUCGAUGGGACUGUUUUCACUUGGUGGCAAGGUGGUUGAACCACAAGAAGAGCUUGUUGAUGAAGAACAUCCAAGACAAUAUAAGCCAUUUGAUCAUUAUGAAUACCUGCGUUUCUAUGCAACAAAGAAGGCCCUUCAAUCCAAGUCUCGAAUCAAAGCAUUCUGCGGCAUAGACUAUGCUGAUGAGAACUGAAAAAAUUGUUCUAAAU